AUGCACUUCGAAAUAGUCUUUUUAAACGUGAAUGUGAUAAUUGAAGAGAGGGAGGAUAAGCUCAGUAGGUCCCAUCACGUCAGAGGCGACAGCAAACCAGCAUCCUCUGAAGUCUCCUGCUUAAUGACCAGCCAAUUGGGAGGAGCCAUUUCGGCUGGAUCUCGCAGUUCCACUCCCCGACUAUACUCACUGCUAACUCUUGGUCCAGAGUCCACAAAGAAGGAGGAGAAUAAUAGGCUUAGUCUCUUGGUAUGCCGACAGCGCAUAGUAGAAGCUGGAGGAAUUGGUGUGCUCAGGAGGCCAGGAGUACAUCAGAGAGGGAAUGGGCUCACGCCAACAUCAAAGACGAGUGAGCUGUCCCGAUGGGUGAAGAGCUAUUGGAUACGGUAG